GGACUAUAAAAGGGUACGGCUGAGGGGCCCGGGCACCCUUUGGCUUGAGGCAGGCGUGCGCGUGCGCACUCAGGACUCAGGAUGCCUGUCGCCCGCCGCUGCCUCUCCCUGCUGCUCCUGUCCGCCUGUGUGGCUCUGUUGCUGCAGCCACCGCUGGGUGCCCGGGGGGCCCCGCUGGAGCCGGUGUACCCGGGGGACAAUGCCACGCCGGAGCAGAUGGCCCAGUAUGCGGCCGAGCUCCGCAGAUACAUCAACAUGCUGACCAGGCCCAGGUAUGGGAAAAGAGACAGAGGAGAAACGCUGGACAUCUUGGAGUGGGGCUCUCCCCACGCAGCUGCCCCCAGGGAGCUCAGCCCGAUGGACGUGUAACGCCACCGCCUGCCUCCUCUGGCUCCAAGGGCAGUGCCAGCCCAGCUCUCCCCUCUGCGCCCUUGGCAAUGGCCAAAGCUUGCUCCCCGCUGCUCCUCCGCAAACUAAAUAAAGCAAAUCAAAGUCA